AAAGCUCGAGGUGAUGAAUUCGUGUCGUGGGCUGGAAAUGGAACCGGAAAUCACAAACGAAUUGUUUUGCUAAAUGUUUAUUAUAAAAUAAUGGAUUUAUUUUCAAAAUACUGCAUUUAUUAUCCUUCAACGUAUAUAUCUGUGUUAUUUUUGAUGUGCCUAUAGUGAUUUCGCGAUUAAUUUUGUCGUCAUAACUUUUAACUGGAUAAGAAGUUCUAGCAUGCAUUUGCGCCGGUGACCUUCGAUGAGGAGCCACAUCCAAUCGGGCUUGCUUCAGAGAGCCGUUAUGGGUAUACCCUUCUUGAGGAGGCUGAACAAGGCUUCUCUCAGGAUCCUCCGCCCUAUCCUUAUGCGUUUACAUCGCUGUGAGGGUUGUCUCGCGGCGUGCGGGCGAGACGGUCGCGCUGCGCCGCCCAUCCUCAACAGGUGCUUACCAUCAUAUAUCUCCACCAAGUGUCUUUUUAAAAGACGUUUUGCCCUCCGAAGACACAAGACAUUGAAACGCGCUAGGCGGACGCCAUAUUCGGGUGUUAAUCGACACAAGAUGGCGGAACCCGCCGCCCCCGCGCCCCCUGACAAUACGCCACGUAUGUACGACACGAUGCCGUGGUUCGGCAUGGACAUAGGUGGUACUUUGACGAAGCUGGUGUACUUCGAGCCGCGGGAGACCAACAGAAGGGAGAUAGAGAAAGAGACUGAAGUGCUGAAGAAUAUAAGGCGGUAUCUCACGAGGAACUCCGCUUACGGCAAGACUGGGAGGCGAGACGUCCAUUUGCAGAUGGACAACGUGACAAUACGUGGAAGACGAGGUACCCUCCACUUUAUAAGGUUUCCGACGUCAGAAGUGGGAGCGUUCCUGCAGCUGGCCAGGUCUAAGGGCAUGGCUGAUUUAGUGAAUACUAUAUACGCGACCGGCGGCGGCGCGUAUAAGUUUGAAGAGGACUUUAUUAAGGAAGUGAACAUGCGUCUGUCGAAAAUGGACGAAUUGGACGCGCUCAUAGCCGGGGUCCUGUUCAUAGACCAGAUGUACUCUCAGGAAUGCUACUAUUGGGCGCCGAACGACGAACCAGCGCCGGCCACUGACUCGCCGCCAUAUUCGGAAGCAGCGUUGUCUCUAUACGUCCGGAAACCGUUCAAUUUCUCCAAUCCUUAUCCGUUCCUGUUGGUGAACAUCGGCAGUGGUGUUUCCAUGUUGGUUGUUAAUGGACCCGAUGAUUAUUACCGAGUGAGCGGCACCAGCCUCGGCGGCGGCACUUUCCUUGGCCUGUGUUGCCUCCUCACCGGCUGCAGUAGUUUCGAGGAAGCGAUCUCGCUCGCCGCCUCCGGGGACAAUAUAUCGGUGGACAAAUUAGUGCGCGACAUCUACGGGGGUGAUUAUGCGAGGUUCGGGCUCCCGGGCGACCUGGUGGCUAGCAGCUUCGGCCACAUGUGUUCUGUGGAGCGCCGCGCCAAAGUGUCCCGCGAGGACUUGGCGCGGGCGACGCUCGUCACCAUCACCAACAACAUCGGCUCCAUAGCGCGGCUCUGCGCCAGCAAUGAAGGCAUCGAGCGGGUGGUGUUCUGUGGAAACUUCUUGCGCGUGAAUCCACUGUCGAUGAAACUACUCUCGUACGCCAUGACCUACUGGUCUAGGGGUUCACUCAAAGCGCUAUUUCUUGAACACGAAGGAUACUUCGGCGCCGUCGGCUGUCUGUUACACCUCGAAGGUAAAAGGAGCAAAACUAACCACGACUCCACCAACAACACUGACAGAUAAGCUAAAAUAUGAUGUUACAGUGUGCCGAGCCGCGGAUUGCUUAGGCCGCGGCCCCAUUGCUCCGUCGCGACACGUUGCGUCCACACAGCGCGUUGCCUUUCCGUUGUUUUGAAUAGGUUUUGAUAUUGACGUGCUACGCGUACGUAUAAACGUUGAUCCGUCGAUGGGAGGCAACGCGACGACGGAGCAAUGCGGCCGGGCCGAUACACUUGUCUGAUGUUAAAAUAAUAACACGUCAUCUAUGUCUGACGUUUACCCUUGGGAUUGUUAUUGUUCCCUAUCCAUUGUCAAGGUAAUAUGUCCCUUGAUCGCCUCGUACGAUAUCCACGGGGGGAUAUGGAGUGGGCCUAUUCUAGGGAGGAACCACAAACUCAACUGAGGCUUUAUAUCAAAACGAUAUGUAUCUUAUAUAUAUUUAAUAACGCACAACAGAACACGCACAAUGUGAAUAUUCAGGGUCACUGGUAUCAAACGCAAAACCUCCUAAAGACUACUCGGGUACAUCAAAACAAACAACUUUUAUUCUACGACUUUUCGUGAUUCGUAGUGUUUUUUUCGUAUAAAAAAAUACAAUCUGAUCUGCGAUUCUACACAUGUUCACUGUAUGCAAUAGCCGAGCGACACGAGGCAGUGCAGUAGCGUUAUGUAGCGGAAUCGAACAUAGAGUUAACGUUUUAUAGAAACGACAUUUUAAAAAAUUGUUUUUUUUUUUUGUAUUCGUAGAACAAAAGUUGCUUGUUUUGUUGUACCCAACUAGUAUUUAGAAGGUUUUGCGUUAUAUAUCACUAACCAUGUGUUUAUAAAAGUUGUUUUUUUAUAUACUAGCCGAUUAUUUUUGGUAUCGAUGGUUCGAUUCUCGUUUAAACUAAGUAAUUUUAACAGAGUUCCGUCAAUUGCGUUGACAACAUAAAAAUUCACGAUCGAAAAAGAACAAUCGAACGUAGUUCGUCGUAUCGCGUCGAUUGUUAAAUCAUGAAUUUGCUAUAAAUCUCUAAAAAAGAAUGAAGUACCUAUAUUGAUGAGAUGAAUUGGAGCGUGAAACUCGUGUUUCAGAUUUGUAUAACGAAAUAUAUCCAAAAAAUAUAAUAAAAGCAAAUUUAAUUUAUUUUGUGUAAGAGACACAAAAUUAUUGUAUUCCAUCUCUCUUUCUGUCUCUCUCUCACUUCGCCUAGGCUUAUCCAAUUUAAUUUGCCAUGCAAAGAUAGCAAAUUUGUAUUGGUCUCCGAUACAAAUUAUUUAUUACAUAAACCUAUAUCUGUCUCUCUCUCUCUCUCUGUCUAGCUUUAUCCCAUUUCAUUUGAGAUUAUAGCAUAUAUAAUACGGAACAUUCGCAAAUGCGUAAUGUAAAAACCAGCCUUAAGCCUUAGAUAGAGAACCUUAAUGUUAAGAUUCAUUUUCAAGCGACACGAUCCGAAAAAACCGCGAUAAAAAUCGUGUCGACGGAUCACUUAAAAAUUAAUCUUAUCGUAGUAAAUUUAAAGCCGGUUAUUAUUUGCGUUUGUAAAUUUUCAGCUAGUGUUUAAAAAAAAAGCAUUAUUUAAAAUAUUAAUAUUAAUAAAAAAAAUGUGCUAAUUAAAAAUUAUUUUAAUGCAUUUAUAAGUUUUAUUGUAUGUUUUAAUUUUUUUUUAUAUCCAUUUUGUGGGUAGCAUCAUUAUAUGUCAUAGAUAUAGAAAAAGAAAAUUGUGUUAUGGCAAUAUUCCCGUUAUUAUGUACCUGGGUAGUUAGUUAUGGUGAAAUAUAUACGACGGUAGCAAAUUACUGCCUAAAAACGUAUGUGUUUCAUUCCACAUAAAAACUAUUUUCCCACUUAUAGGCUUUUUUUAAUGUGUGCCAAGUUUUUGUUUAAAGAUUUGUCUGUGUAUUCAGAACCGGCCGCCUAUCUGAUGUCAACCCUCUUGGGAAUGUUGUUUUACUGAGCAAAUAGGUGUUUACUUGUAGCAUUUUGUGAUUAGUUUUUUUUUAUUGAGCGGCACACUGUAAUGCUAGUUUAUAUUAAUAUAUUAUUAUGAUUUUGUCAUUGUUUUGAUGUGUUAGGAAAACGCCGCCGUGGAAAACUUAUCCAGAUUCGCACAAUGUUUUUGAAACUUCAUUUUGGUACAAUUUCACAGUAAAAAAAUGUAGCGAUCGCCAAUGUUGGAGCUUGGGAAAAAUAACGAUGUUUCGCCCAAACGUAAUUUUUGGCGAAUGUGACGUUAUGCGGUGAAAAUGUCGUUUUCCAAAGUGACAUUGUGCGAAAGUGAUCAACGUUUUUAAGAUGGCAUUUUGCAAAAGUGACAUUUUGCGCCGAGACCCUUAUAAACCACAAAUAUAAAACACGUGUUUAAUGUUAAUGAACAAAUCACUAAUUAUCGAUAUGAUAUUUUGUUAUAUUUAUUGUCAAAAGGGUAGGUUUUGUUAAAAGGGAUGGUAAAAAUAUUAUCUGAUUGUGAUAUUAUAUUCUUCUGUAUGCGUAGUGCGAGUUUUCACACCUCGAUCGCAUUUUACGCUGCCGGCCAAUCAAAUUGCGGCAUUUAACACAUCACGUGACCAAAGCUCGGUUAUACCUGGUUAAUUUCUGAUACCAGUUAGCGCGCAUUAAUAUAUACAUAAAUUAUAUAUACACAACGAAAGAAAAAAACGUAAUAAAAAUAAAUUUUGUAAAGAGCGUUAUCAUAACGUUUUCAACUCGGAAACCCUUAUUUUUCGGUUUCUGAUCGGAGGGCAUUGUAAUUUAGAUUUUGUUCGAUUUAUCAGUUAAACUCACAAUGAUUCUUCUUGAUUAGCCCCCACCCACCUUGCCUAACGAUCACGAAAGAAUAAGAAUUCGAGAAAACGCAGCGUUACGGUACACGUAAUGCGCGAGUGUAAUCAACCAGUUAAUGUCAAACGCGUUUACGCCCGCGAAGGUGUUACGCUCGGAGCGGAAUAAUCACUACACAGUAUAAAACUGUCGCCCAACGCAUCUGUCUGUUUUUAAGCGUCUUUUUCUAAAGAACACAGCGCAUUUUUAUGCAGUUUUGAAUGUUAUUAUUACGAUAGAGUUGGUAAAUUAAGUCAUUUUUAAACCAAAUAAAAAAAUACCGGUUUCGAGUCUUGCACGUGACAAUACGACACUAUGAUUGGUUGGUUAAAAGCAAACGCGAUCGAUGAAACGAAAACCCACUACGCAUUAUUGUUUAAGUCGUUUUAUAGAAAUAAUCACACGCUAAUCUGUUUUUCGUUCAGAAAUAAUGUCAUGAAUCACGCAAACAAUGCAUUCAGCAUUAAGAAACUACUAUUUUAUUAUUUGUAUAUGUUUCUAUCUCGGAUAUAUGACGUGUAUUUUGCGCCAAAAGCAUAUUUUGAUAUGCAAGCGCUGUCAAUAUGCUUCAUGAUCCGAGUCCAAUGUGUAAGUGGGUCUCCGGCGUCGCGACGGCUGCGGCCGCGCUGUCAUUACGAUCCGUCAAUUUUGCUCGAGGAAGGAAUCGUUUCCAAAAUCAAUCAUUGAUAAAACUGAAACAUUACCACAGUACAGAUUAAUUAUUUUAAAUUGAGAUUGGUAAAACUAAUUCAUGUCUUUGAUAAAAUUUGAAAAAUUGUAAUGACAGCGCGACCGCAACGGUCGUAACGCUCUGAGAAACACCCAAGAAUGUAUUGUAUAUACAGUCUGUCAAUAAAGGAAAUAGAUUUCUGAAGAACAAAAUUUUUUUGCUAUUUUCAUAUCAAAUAGAAGCGGUGUGCGCCUGUCGAAAGGUCCCAGGUUCGAAUUCUACUCGUGCCACAUGAGUUUGUAUACCAAUCUGACUCAUGUAUAGUUGGUUUUCAUCGACCACCACUUGCUUCCGGUGAAGGGAAACAUCGCGAGGAAACCUGCACACUCGUUGAUUGUCAACUUGUGUGUGAAAUGGAGAAGACAAUGGCAAACCACUCCAUUAAUAAUGCCAAGAAAGUUGUUGUGUGUGUUUCAUUCCACAUAACCACGACCCUCGGCCAUGAGGAAUACGACUAUGAUGAGAAUAUAAAUAGAAUGGUCAAGAUUGGUUGAUAAACAUCCAGUGUUACCAGCCAACAGGAGACAGUGCCCUCAUUCAAUUUUGUCACUUUCUUGACAGACUGUAUUCCUUUCACAUCUAAACUAUUCCUCGAAGGCUUAUAGAUUUUGAUGCGGGUUAAUUUUAAUAGAGAGAUUCAAGAGGAAGGUUUAGGUUACUGUUAGGUUUAUUUAUAAUUUAUUAUAGCUUCACCCGAGCGAAGCCGGGACGCGCCGCUAGUAUUACAUGAAUAAAUAAAUUGACAAAAUUUGAAUGGAGAUUUCUAUAGCGUAAGUAUUUGAAUCAAUUUCCUGGCUAAUUUUAAUGCAGUGGCUCUUAGAUAUGUUUGAUCAAAAUCGGCUCAGCCGUUCAAAAGUUGUAGCGAAAUGAAUACUGAAAGUCGGGGGUUUUUUAAUUUGUCUAACAAAUAAACUUGUGAUGAUUUUUCACCGUGAUUGUAUUCGAGGAA